UGUGUGAGAGAGAGAGAGAGAAAGAGAGAGAGGGAGAGAGGGAGGGGCGUUGUCAUCGAGAUGUCCUUCGUCUACAGCUCCGGGGAAAGAGUGUGUGCAUCAGAGCGAGAGCAUCCGACACUCACAGCAGACGCUACGCACUCCAGUAUCAGCUGAAACAUAAACACAGGUGAAAAUGGGCAUGUCUAGAGUUCUGCUCGGCCUCGCCCUCCUCACGAGUCUAUUGGCUGCCGCUGUGAUGAGUCACGAGGGGGCGUGUCUACGGGACGGGAGACACAAGGCCACGCCCAGUCCAGAGCCUCAUCUGAAGCAGUGUUCGCUCUACAGGGAGAACUCGUGUUGUUCAGAGACGGACGUCCAGGAUCUGUCCGGUGUGGACAACUCUGUCUGGGAUAAGUGUGGUCUCCUCAGCCCUCUCUGUGAGUCUUUCCUGAAGCGCGUCGCCUGUUUUUACCGCUGUUCUCCUGAUGCUGCUCGCUGGACACACCCGCAUCGCGACUCCUCCCUGAAGGCGGUGCCUCUGUGCCACAGCUUCUGCAGAGACUGGUAUGAGGCCUGUAAAAUGGACAUGACCUGUGCUCGGGACUGGACCACUGACCCACGUGGACAGAACUGCAGCGGCGGCUGUGUGCCGUAUCAGCAGGUGACAUGCCACACGCACUACUGGAGCUUUACAUGUCUGAAGAAAAUCUGAGUGAUGUUUGUCUGUGCGCUACAGGUGUUGUGUGUGGCUGCCAGG